AGCCAAUGCAAAGCAAAGAUCAAUAACCUAAAGCUUCACUAUGAAUCCCAGAUACAUGUCAGUCAGAGCACAAUUCAGCGGCUUUCGGCCCAGAGAGAGGAUGACAUGUCAGCUUCAAAUGCAAUAUGACAGGAUGCUAGCAGAGGGGAGGGCUAUGGAGGAUGAGCUCAGGAGGCUGAAAAUGUCCCUCAAGCAGGCAGAAGAACUAAAGAAGAGAGCAGAGGAAGAAGCCCAUAGGCAGCGUUUGCUAACCACAGAAGAAGGGCACAUGAGAAGAGAACUGGAAAGUGAGAUUGUGGCUUUGAUCAAGCAGAGGGAAGAGGAAAGCAACAAGUACCAGGAGGACCUGGCUCAAGUUAGACAGGGGCUGGAGAAGAAGACUGAGCAGCUGGCCUACGUCACCCACAGUCUGGAGGAAGAGGUACGAAGAAGGGAAACUACAGAGGAAGGAAAAUGUGUGCUAGAGCACACCUUGGUCGAACUUCAAGCAGAGCUAGCUAGUUCAGCAAAGGCCGUGGCCCAACUGCAGACGUGCGAGGCGGAGCUUCACAAUAUGCGUUUGGAGCUGGAGAGGGAGAAUAGGGAUCGGAGUAGAGUUGAAGAAAACCUGAAUCGAUUACAGGGCCGCAUCAAAGACAUUCAAUCCGUUAGAGAUGGCCUGGAGAUCCAGCUAGCUAACCUGAGGAACGCCAACCAAGAAGAAGUAACGAAAAGGAGGCAGAUUGAGAUGAAUUUAGAGAAGACCACAAUGACGAUGAGACAGUACUACGGCACCAUUACCACUUUACGCCCGAACCAAGAGCAAGUCAAGGCAUCAGAAACGAGAGGUGAAGAACAGUGUCUUGUUAUGCAGGAGGAACUGCAAAGAAGCUUGGACCAAAACAGAAGCUUUAUGGAACAGUUGUCGCAACUGAGCACUGAGCUGAAAGCCCUGCAGCAUCUCUUGUUACAGGAGCAAGCAAAAGUUGAAGAGGUAAACCAAAGGAACGAGGGUCUGCAUAGAACAAUAGAGAAGAAGAGUAAAGAUCUGAAUGAAAACUACUCUGAACUUCAAACUCUCAAGGGGAAGACUGAAAUCCUGAUGAAAGAAAGACUGAGCUUGGAAGAGGAGCUUAGGAUAACACGACAUGAUAAAGCAGAACUUUUGAGAUCCAAAGAGGAUCAUGGUGAUGAGAUCUCCUCCCAAAUUACUGCGCUGGAGCUUCAGCUGCACGCUAGCGAGCGAAGCAAUGUUGACUACUGCAACCUUGUCUCAGAGCUCUCGGUGGAGAGGGACAAUCUCAAGGUGUCCGUCUCCAAAAUGCAAACUCAAGCCACUGAGGUACCCGCAAGUCUGAAACCUUCUCCCAGACUGCUCCCAUCUUUCCAGAUGAAUCAAGUAGUCAUCACUAUCCAUAGAAAAAUUCUUGAUUGCUUGCAUGAACCUCAAAAAUAUUUUUCUCUUGUUGCUUCAAGAUUAGCAUCUGACUUCCCAAAAGUUUGAGUGGUGUCUACACGGGGAAAAAGAAACAUGUUUUACCCAUAUGCAGUUGUCGAACAAAAUUGCAUUUGUAAAAUGUCCUUUAAAAGGAAUCAUAUUCAAUAAGCAGCACUGCACAUGCUCAAGAUGAAAGGUUUAUUAAGGUUACUUUUGUUGUGAUUUGGCACUCUAAAUAUGAAAAACUAAAAUUGAUCAUUCUAUUUUACCCAGCACCCAGACUUUUGAAAUCAGAAGUCGUUUUUCUACAAGUUGAAAUUAAGUGCAUGACUUUUGUCAUUCAAGCGUGGUAGUUGAGUAGCUGAUCUCUUCACACUCCUCACUCCACUAAUCCAAAAGAUGUAGCUUGCACAAGUUUUCACUUCUGCUAAUUUUUCCUUCGCCCAGAGACCUAUUAAUUGCUUACAACUACAGCCAACACUUUUUUUUUUGUUUGAAUGAAAUUCAAACUUCACAUAAGUAAUGUGUGCCGUUUUGAAACUGAGAGAUCGUCAUUGGUAUAAUUAGCAUCCAAUUACUUGAUUUUAUUAGUUGCAAUAAUUGCAGUAUGUAAAAUGUAGUUUGGAAUAACAAAGCAAAAUGGGUUUGGGCCAGGUUUUUGAGUACGUAAUAAUUAUGCAAUUCGAUUUUACGUUUGCACGUGUGUAAAUUCAUGCUAUGUAAAUUUCUAAACAUGCCCGAAUUGACUAAUUUUCAGCUUCUUUUCCAUUUUUGUUGAUCUCACUCAUUUC